CAUAUUCACUUACGUAUAGAAUGCCAUCUAGUAUAACAUAUCUUUAGAUCUUACGUGUCUACGAAUGUCACUUUGUCGGAAAAUCUAACCAGACUUUAAAAUUUAAAAAAAAAAUCAUUUAGUGUGUGCUGUGCUAAGAAAUGGCAAGUCAGAAUUACUUAAGUGAUCCAAAAAAUCCAUUUUUCUCUCUCGAAGAUGACAUCGAUGAUGAAACGUUUCUAAAAAGUGCACCAUCGAGAUCUUCUACUCGUAUGACUUACAAUCAUUAUAGUAAUUCUGACAACGAAUUCGAACAAAAACGUCAACAAUUAUUUCAACGAAAAAAAGAAAUAGAAGAACGUACAAUACAAUCAACAGAAAGAUCUAUUUCUUUAUUAAGAGAUUCUGAACAAAUUGGAGCUGCUACUGCAGAGGAACUCAUUAGACAGAGAGAACAAUUGGAAAGAACAGAAAAAAGAUUAGAUGAUAUUAAUAGUACAUUAAGAUUUAGUCAGAAACAUAUCCAAGGAAUAAAAAGUGUAUUUGGAAGUCUUAAAAAUUAUCUCAGUGGUAAAUCAAUGGAUGCACCAAUACCAUCAACAAUAUUAUCAGAAUCUUCUAGUUCGGAAUCUAUGGCAUCUCCUGCUUUAUCUAAUUCUUUAGAACAAGUACAGACUAAUAUAGUUAAUACAAGUUCAGCAUUAAAAUUACGUGGUAUAGAUGAUGUAGAGAGUUCAAAUAAUCGUUUAAGUAAUAAUGUGAACAAACUAUUAGAAAAAAAUUUAGAUGAAAUGAGUGGUUCAUUAGCUAGAUUGAAAGGUUUAGCAAUAGGAUUAUCAGAAGAAAUAGAUUUACAAAAUGAUUUGAUUGAUAACAUAACAGAUAAAGCAGAAAAGACAGACAUUAUGCUUCAGAAACAAAAUAAAGAUCUUACUCAUUUGUUGAAGAAAUAAAUAAUAAUACAAAAAAAAAAAAAUAAAAAAACAGCUUAGUAUAUUAAAUUUUAUAUAUUUCAAAACUGUAAAUGAAUGCAUAAUAAAUAUUGCCUUAUUUAGUCAAAUUUGAAAAAAUUUUAUAUAUAUUAUGUAUAUUAUAAAAUUACUUUGCAAAAUAUAAGUUAUAAUUAUAUAAAAUCUCAUAUGGAAAAAAAAAAUUCACUUUCAUAUCUUUCAACUAUUAGUCUUACUUUUAUGUAUUAUGUAUAUGAUAGAAUAAUUUAAGUUUAAAAUUAAAUAUAUUAUAUAUAUUUUUUCUA